AAUGACAUUAUUUUUGCUCCGAAGGUUUUCGAGUCAUACUACUGCAGCGGUACUUGCUCAUAUCCUCUUGGACCUCAUUUAAAUGCUACAAAUCAUGCGAUUGUGAUGGCUAUUCUGCACGACCUUAAAGUCCAAGGUGUAAAAGCGUCUCAAUGUGCGCCAACUCAAUUAUCGCCACUAAGUUUUCUUUAUGUCGAAGGGAAUAAGAUUAUCAUUAAGGAAUAUCCUGACAUAGUCGUAGAUGCUUGUGGU